AUGGCUACUACGUUGGUUGAUAUUAACAAUGGAAAUGUCGCUCACUCGGUUAUUGUCGUGGAUGGACAAACACUUUCGGAAAUCGAUGCAAAUCAAACACUAUCUCUGUUAUUUUUCGAUCUCGUUGUUCAAGCCGAUUCAGUUAUUUGUUGUCGAGCAAGUCCAAGUCAAAAAGCAUCCCUGGUGAAGAAGAUUCGAACAAAGGUUAAUAAAUCUAUUACCUUGGCUAUUGGUGACGGUGCAAAUGAUAUUGCCAUGAUUCAAGAAGCGCAUGUGGGAAUUGGUAUUAGUGGAAAAGAAGGUCUUCAAGCAGCUCGAAUAUCUGAUUAUUCAAUUGCUCAAUUCCGGUUUCUACAGCGAUUGUUGUUUGUUCACGGUCAUUGGAAUUAUAUUAGAACAGGAAAAUAUAUUCUCGGAACUUUCUGGAAAGAAUUUCUCUUCUACAUGAUCCAAGCUGUCUAUCAAAAAUGGAACGGAUAUUCCGGAACCUCACUUUUCGAAUCCGCAUCCCUUACCGUCUUUAACACGCUUUUCACAUCCCUUUGUGUUAUUUUUCUCGGAGUCUUUGAUCAGGAUCUUUCGGCUACAACUCUUCUCGCUGUUCCAGAAUUGUAUACGUAUGGACAACGUGAUGAAGGAUUUAAUCUGAAGAAAUAUUUUGGUUGGACUUUCAUGGCUGCGAGUGAAAUGAUUAUCAUUUGGUUUUUGGCUUAUGGUCUUUUUGGAGAAUCGAGGUUUACGAAUGAUAAUACGUUGUAUUCUUUGGGGGAUCUUUGUUUUACGGCGGCCGUGGUGAUUAUUGUUUCGAAACUUCUUAUCCUCGAAAUGCACAGCAAGACCUACAUAACAGCCCUCGGCCUCAUCCUCAGCAUAGGCGGCUGGUUCCUCUGGAAUCUCCUCCUCUCUUCCCUCUACAGUCCCAAAGCCCUAACCUACAAUGUUCGCGAUGGAUUCAUAUAUCAAUUUGGAAGAAAUCCCCUUUGGUGGUGUACACUUAUUAUUAUUCUAGCGGCGGUUUUCUUACUCGAAGUGGGUGUUAGUAGUGUGAGGAGAACUUUUUGGGGGAGCGAUAUAGAGGUUUGGCAGGGGUUGGAGAGGGAUAGGGGGGUAAGGAGGAGGUUGGAGAGGGCGGUUAGGGAGGGUAGUGGGGGUGGAGAGGAGGGGAGGAGAAGGUGGGGUUUGGAGGUGUGUUGUUGUGGGGAGGAGGAGGAGGUGGGAAGUUUAGUCGAUACUGGUGGUGGUGGUGGUGGUGGUGUAGAACUAGAUCAAUACGAUGACGAAGCAGAUCAUGGUCAUAAUCAUGGUCAUAAUCAUGGUCAUAAUCAUGGUCAUAAUCAUGGUCAUGCAAAUACAACAAGUCCAAUCGAUACACUUGGAAAUGCAGCUGGAACAGAAACAGGAACUGGAACUGAGAAAGGGACAGGAACAGGAACAGGAACAGGAAAUGGAAAACCGACGAGUAAAGGGAAUAGAGUCAGAGUCAAAGCCAAGAGAAUCGGAAGCGGAAGAAGACUUUUUAGUUUUAGUUCGCCGGCGUGA